AUGAGGGCCGAAACAUUUUUCUUUACAGCCCUACAUUUCGUUGGCCUCGGCAGCGCUGCCGUAGCCCAGGGUAGCAAGCUCCGAUAUGUCAAGAACUCGAGUAUUUGUGAAACCACAAAGGGCGUAAACCAGUACUCUGGAUAUGUCGACGUCUCGGAUAACGACCACAUGUUCUUUUGGUUCUUCGAGGCUCGCAAGAACCCCAAGAAUGCCCCUCUGGCUCUCUGGCUUAACGGUGGUCCUGGCUGCAGUUCCUUGAUUGGCCUAUUCCAGGAAAACGGUCCCUGCACCUUUAAUGGGGGCUCGUCUGAACCGCAGCUUAACCCCAACUCGUGGACCAAUGUUGCCAACAUGCUCUAUGUUGACCAACCUUCUGGUGCUGGUUUCAGCUAUGGCGACGAUGGUGUCAACUCAACUGCUACGGCUGCCCCCGCUGUUUGGAAGCUGCUGCAAAACUUUUACACAGAGUUCCCAGACUACAAGAAUCGCGACUUUGGUCUGUUUACUGAAUCAUUUGGAGGUCACUACGGACCCCACUUUGCAUUCUACUUUCAGCAACAGAAUGCCGCCAUUGAUGCCAGCAAGCUCAAGGCUGAGAAGAUCAACCUCGUUGCUCUCGGCGUCAACAACGGCUGCUCUUCUUAUGAUGCCUAUGCCGACUUCGCUGUCGAUAACGGGUACCGUCAAAUUCUCAACAAGACCCAGGCCACGACGUUCCAUUCCUACUAUGAGAGCACCUGCGGCUCGUAUGUCAAGAAGUGCACCGGCUUGAGUGGUUCUGAUGCGGCUUGCAAGAGUGCUGAAUCCCACUGCAAGAGUGAAGUUACCAAUGCCAUCGUGGGAAGACAAAACUUUGACGUCUACGAUGUCCGUGCCGCAGACCCAGACCCAUUCCCCCCAGAGACCUACAUGAAGUAUCUCUCUCGCUCCGACGUCAUGAAGGCUAUCGGCGCACAAGGAUCCUUUGCUGAAUGUGGCCCUCGAUCGCUUCUCAGCGAGCUGCAGAGCGUCAUCAAAUCUGGUGUCAAUAUCCUGAUCUGGGCUGGCGAUGCUGUUAAGUAUUUACAGUUACCACCUCUCAUUCACUUGCUAACACCGAAUGCUCUUUUUAUAGACUGGAUCUGCAACUGGGUUGGCAACUACCGGGUCAUCACUGCUAUUGCUGGCGACAAGUUCAAGAACACCGACCUCAAACCGUACAAGGUGAAUGGCAAGGAAUAUGGCCAGUUUAAGUCGGUUGGCAACAUCAAUUGGCUUCGUGUCCACAAGGCUGGUCACGAACUGUCGGCCUACCAGCCCGAAGCUGCACUCACUGCUUUUACAAGCAUCAUCUCCAAGAAGGGUCUCACUUCUUCUUAA